AUGAUAUCCAGAAACAACCACAUUACAUUCCUUUCACUCAAUUGUAACGGGCUAGCCAAACUCCGUCGGCCUUCAGCUCGUGCAUCCCUCAUUCGAUUUCUACGACAGCAAUCAGCUCACAUUAUCACACUUCAAGAAACCCACGCUUCCACACCAACUCUCAAAGACACUUUUCACAAACAAUUUUGUGCCCAUCAAUCAUUUUGGACUCAACAUUGUGGUAUCGUCCUUUUAUCUUCAGCCUUGCACAUGCACGAGAUACCUCUUGAUUUUACCACGCGUGCUCAACUUGUGCACAUCCAACACACUGACAACGCAUUUCAUGAUUUUUACGUCCUCAACGUUUAUGCACCAGCACACUCGAAACGAGAAAGAUAUCAGUUUUUCAACUCAUUGUAUCAGCACAUUGCACCUUUGGUGAAUAACCAAAUCCACACUGACAGGUUAUUCAUCAUGGGUGAUUUCAAUUACGAUUUACAACGCAGCGGCUUACAUUUGAAUGCGCCUUCAACAUGGCUUACAUGGCUCGACUUGCACUUUUUUAAUUGCACACGUGAUGAACUCCAUUUCGAUGGCAUUCCCACAUAUCGACACAGCAAUUAUUUAUCGACCAUUGACUACAUCUAUGCACCAAGCCAGUUCAGCAGCUCCAUUCAUCACAAAGACAUUUCAUUUGUUAACAACGAGUGGACCGAUCAUGCACUUUUGUCUGCAACAUUUACCAUGGGACCGCCCAAACUAGGCAAGGGGUUUUGGCGUGGCAACCCACUGCUUUUUCAACAGCCAUCUUUUCGUCGACAGCUCAAUGAUGCUUUGACAUCACAUUACCCACGACUCCAUGACAUGCCUUCUCCACAAUCUCAAUGGGAGAGCAUAAAAGGUAUCCUCACACAUCAUUUGAAGACUCAUUCUCGACAACAAGCAGAUUGGCGAAAGAAACAGCUAUCAGCAUUGCAAUCUAAAAGGAACCGUUUCCUAAGAUCCAAACCUCCAGCUGCCAUUCGUGCAUGGCGUUUGCCCAUUAUGGAACGUCAAAUAGCCACGUUGCAACAGGAGAUGGUGGAUGUUCAAGCAUUGCGUGCAGGUCAACGAUGGAGGGAACGUGGUGAGACAUCAGCAGGGUACCUCAAACGUACGAUACAGGAUCGACAAGUCAAACGUAGCAUUGCAACAUUACAACAUCCACAUACCGGCGCUAUGUGUUCAACAACCAGUGAUAUGCACUCGGCAGUACAAUGCUUUUAUCAAGAAUUGUACUCACCAGAACCUAUUUCAACCUCGGCUAUGGAUACAAUGUUUACACAAUUGCCUUCCACUCUUCGUUUGGAGGAUUCAGACCAAGAAGAUUUGGUACGUGCCUUUUCGCUUGAUGAUCUUCAAUCUGCUGCUUCUCGCACACCACAUCACAGUAGUCCUGGCCCUGAUGGUUUGCCAUACCAAGCGUGGAGAUUGGUUUUCACCCAUCCGUUAUACACUAAUUUGGUCAUGCGAGUUUACGACGAUGCUCUACAACAUGGUAUUUUCCCCAGCUCUUGGAAUGAUACAUGUAUGUGCCUUCUGCCAAAGAAAGGGGAUCUCACCAACCUUGCCAAUUGGAGGCCCAUUUCUUUAAUCAACUGUGACGCGAAGAUCUUCACUCGACUGCUUAACGCAAGGAUCAUCAAUGCUGCCUCUUCCUUGAUCACUCCUUAUCAAAGUGGUUUCAUGCCAGGCCGCUUCAUCGGUGUCAAUGGUCUCCUGACCCGCAUUGCUAUGGAACAGGCCUCUCAACAAGGAUCAACAGAACUUGGCUUGCUUUUGGAUCAGGAAAAAGCAUAUGAUAGGGUGCAUCCGGAUUAUCUCAGAGCUGUGCUGCUUCGAUUUGGUUUUCCAGCCUCUAUCAUUCACACUAUUUGCGCCUUGUUUUUCUCAACAUCGAUCCACAUCAACGUGAAUGGCCAUAUAUCAACACCGAUUCAGCAGCUACGUGGAUUACGCCAAGGUGACCCUUUGUCACCAAUCUUGUUUAAUUUGGCCCUUGAGCCAUUUUUACGUACCAUUAUUGGAGAUGCCAAUUUUCAGGGCUUUCAACCUUGGCAAUCAGCUACGUCCUCACCUCUCCCACCCAUCAAGCUUUUGGCAUAUGCGGAUGAUGUCAUGGUUUUUCUCAAGGACCCCAUGGAUUUUGAACGAUUGUUGUCUCAUGUUGCCUGUUAUCAGAGGGCCUCGAAUGCACGUUUUAAUCGCCAAAAGACUCAAGCUAUCAGCCUCUCAGGUGCCACUCAUGCCACUUGGAGCCAAGUUUUGAUGUCUAACAACAUGCCAGCACCACAUGAUCGCCUCUCACCAUCCGCAAUUACUUAUCUUGGGUAUCCUUUGGCUUCGUCAACACACCAACUCCAACUAUUCCUUGACCAAUUGCUACACGACCUUUCCACAGCAUGUAAGCAACAUAGCCAGCGCACAUUGUCGAUACGAGGGAGAGCUACCGUUGCCAAUUCACUUGUAUUAUCACGAGUAUGGCACGUGUUACGAUUGACGCCUACGACCACUGUUUAUCUGAACCGCCUCAAAUCCAUCAUUGGCAAGUUUUUGAUGCGCAACAUGUUUCCUCGAAUCGCCUUUGCCACUCUUUGCAGAUUACGCUCUUAUGGCGGCAUCGCUAUUCUAGAUCCAGCCACGCAACAAAAUGCACUACAAUUAAGGUGGAUCCAGGAACUAUUGAGCUUUUCAACAGAUGAAUGGUUACCUCACACCCAUGUUUUAUACCAUCACCUUCUUCGGGAUCGUCGUUUUUCUGAUGGCGAUAUCCACACAUUGUUACGGUGUCAAGAGGCUCGCAAACCAAGCACCAGAGAAGUAUCCAUAUCGACCCUGAUUUUUCGCGCCAUGGACAAGAUCAACAUUGAUUGGGACAUCAUUCAGCCAUCACCUGCAACCAGUUUGCUUUUGCCUCUUAAUGCCAUUUGGUCCACAGCGGAUGAUGCUACCUCUUUUCGGCAACCGGGUUUCAAGAAUUUGCUUGUUGGCGACUUGUUUGUUUUGGAUGGGACGUCCUCUUUACGAUUACAGACCAGAGCUGAUGGUUGUCAAUAUCCUCUCCUCUUAUCACGUUUUCGAACUCACAUGGAUCAAGAUCGCCUUAAGCUUCACUCAUUCUUUGCACGCUUGUGCGACCAUACACAAGCGACACACGUACACACAUCAUCUCGUUUGCCCGAUACAUCCAUCUUGACAAGUUCUUUUGUUGAAGCAAUGGAUGGCAACAUGUGGCGCUCAAAAACAUACCGCAAGCUCAUCGCUCCAGACAAUCCAUCGGACAACUCUUCUGUGUCAUGGACUACAUUUUGGCGUACACCUAUGCAUCAUACAGCGCGGAAUGUUUGGUAUCGCCUUCUCCACGAUCGUCUUCCUACUUCCAGUCGUGUUCAUCACAUCGCUCCUGCUUUUGUCACCUCUCAUCUCUGCCGUAUUUGCUUAACGACAUGUGAUGACGAUUUUCAUUUUCUCAUGGGAUGCCCCAAAAAAGGCGAAGUUUGGCAACAGGUCUGGAGACCCAUCCACUGUGCGGAUCCGGAUCUCUCAUCGCUUUUUCAAUGUCUUCGUACCGCCCAAUUUCCUGGUUCUGCUCAACAACAACGACAACAAGCUACCCUUUGUUCAUGCAUUCUCCAAGCCAUAUGGUGCGCCCAUUGGGCUUUCAUUUUCAACAAUACCAAUUUUAUCUCUACAGCCGUGGCUGCACAUGCCAGCCAUCUGUAUUCUUCUUUAUCAGUAUAA